AUGAAUGCAUUCUUUGACGGUUAUGUACAUUCUAGAACAAACUUAAAGGAGUUUGUAGACCAAUUUGACAACGCAUUGAAAAAAAAGAUUGAGAAUGAAAAUCUCGCAGACUUCCAGUCAUUUAAUGUCACAAUUCCCUGCAUAUCUAGAUCUCCGAUUGAAAAGAGGUUCAAAGAGUUGUACACGAUUGCUAAGUUCACGGAAGUUCAGCAGCAAGUCAACGGUAUCAUUGACUUGAAUCCGAAGUUACUACCAAGUGAAGGUGCAAUAAAGACAUAUAUGGUUGAGGAUGAAGUAGCUUUGGAGGAGUUCACUAAGUUGGUUACGUAUUUUGUGGACUUUAGUAAGGUUGAUGCAGUUGUAAAGUGCUUUUGUGGAUUAUUUGAGAUGAGGGGAAUAUUAUGUCGGCAUAUUUUGGUUGUAUUCAGAUGUAACGAUAUUAGAUAUUUUUCGAAAAUAUACAUUUUAGAUCGAUGGAGGAAGGAUAUUAAAAGGCGAUACACAUUAAUCCAUAGUAGCUAUGAUGAAGGGGACCAACGGCCAGAUGCUAAUAGAUAUUCAAGUCUUUUGAGCAUUUGUUAUCAGAUGAUUACUCAUGCAGCUAGUUCGAAAAAGCAUACUGAGGAUGCGAGAAGUAAGUUAUAUGCGAUGAUUGAGCUCUAUCGUGCCAAUGAAGAACUCCCAUCUUUCACUCAAAUUGGUUCUAAUGCUAAUGACACGGCAAAUGACACUACGGUCGGGUGUUCUAGGGAAGUACACAGCCCACGUGUUGUGCGAGGCAAAGGCAGACCUCCAUCUCUAAGAAGAGCAUCCAGGAUGGAGAUAAACAUGCGGAAAGCAAAAGCAAAGUUGAAGAAAGCACCGCGGGAUGGAGGCGAUACCUGGUCUGUGGAUAAAGGAGAUACACCUGUUGCGGAAGUAUGCAUGAGUUUAUUUGGCCCUUCUGAGAUCGAUCGAACCAGAUAUGAACACAUGCAGCCUACUGGUGGUCAGAGUUCAAUCAUGUUUAGUGAAGAACCAUGUAAGGCAAGAAAAAAAAGAUUUUACGUCAUUACCAUUCAGGGGAAAGUGCUCCAUGAUUUUACGUGCAUUACCAUGGUUGAGGAUGAACUACUCCAGGAUUUCACUAAGUUGUUAAAGGCAGAGACAUUUACGUGCACCAGUUAA